UUAUAUUUGCUCUCAAUGAGCUGCAAGGCAGAGCGCAAUUGGGACUAUGAGGCGCUGUUCAUUACAAGCAGAUCAUCGGAUGAAUCACUAGUGAGCAUCGAAUCGCGAAUCGGACGCAAGGGACGCGGCAGUCCUACGAUCUCGAUCGUUUUAGAAGUUAACUAUCAAGUAGAUGAUGAGACUUUGAUCGAGGCUACAGUCUAUCAAAGUUACACGGGCCACGACGAUGAUUACAAGCUGAUGCCUUUUGGCAUAGAAAAAAAGACAUUUCCCGACUAUAUCAGGGAAUUUUACGACAAUGUGGUUUAUACCAAUUUGGGUCACUGUUCGAAUCUGCCAAAGCCCGGCGAACAAAUUCCCUGGCCAAUAAUGACGUACAAGUUCGACGACUGCGUUUUCUCCGGCGAUGGCUUGCCCGAAAUAUUGUCCGAAGGCUAUUACAAGAUAUUUUUUAAUGUUACUGGUCCGGUUGACUGGAGCUUUGUGAUCGGCGUUAAGAUUGUCUCUAAGAGCAAUGCAAUGGGAUAUUAUUGA